UGGUGCAGCCAGCAGAAAGCCCUCGGGCUGUGGGUGGGCCUUUCUCAAGGCAGGAGCUGCCUCCCCGCUUUGCUCAUCAGUUUGUAUCUGCUCCGCGCCGUGAGAUGCCCAAGAACUGGAAGACGAGCGGGAAAGGUGGGGUGUGGUCCCAUCGUUGUUGUUAGGUUGGCCUCCGGUCCUGUAAAGAAGCAGGUGCCUCUGUGAUUAAAUACUGAUGCGGUUUUGAUUCAGGUUUGUCUGAAUUGUUGAAGAUGUCAUCAGGCCUUACAGAAGAGCAAAAGAAAAGAAUCGAAGAGAACCGCCAGAAGGCUUUGGCUAGGAGAGCAGAGAGGCUAGCAGCACAGAGAGGUGGACAGGUGGGGGUUGCUGGACCUCAGGUGAAAGAACAGAGUCCAGGCAAUUGGGGAAACUUGAAGCAAGAAAACAGUCAUGUCAGGUUCAUUAGCCAAGACCAACAGAAUCCAAACAGUCCUGCAGAGCAGAAGAGCUAUCUUCAGAAAAAUUAUAAUCAUUACUCUGCAAACCAACAGAUGGCUGGUUCACAUGGAGAGCAACAAAAGAAUUGUUCAGAGGACUCGAAGCAAGCAAGUGGCAUUAAGCAGUUCCCUACAACGAUCCCAAAUUCUCUGAGUUAUUCCCAUCAACAAAACUCGGAUGCUGAUGGUCAGAAACAUGGACAAGAAGCUUUAAUUAAUCGUGGUACAUUCCAGCAGCCCGCAUGCUACCCAGCUUCCAAAAACCCUGCAGAACCAUCUCAUCCUAAAUUAAUUGAUAACAGGCACUCUGAUGGUAUUAAAGAUUUACAAAGUUGGAGCAAAUCUGCCAUAAAAUAUGUUUCAGCGCCGAGCAGCGCCACCCCAAGUGAUUCAGAAACACGGAUAAACAGAGGCAGACCAACAGAAAGCCAGGGGGGAGGUGGUGCCUUUCAGGCCAGUGGUAAGGUGCAGAAGCUGACCAGCUUUUCUGGUGCAGGCUCUACUUUUGAAGCUGCCUCUCACAAGAAGGCGAAUAACGUUACAAAAGGAAAAUGUGUGAAAUAUGGGGAAGACCGUUUCCUGGUUGAAAUAGGGUAUAAUGCUGAACUCAUUGCUGUGUUUAAGAAAAUACCAAGCAAAAGCUAUGAUCCUACUAUGAAAAAAUGGAAUUUCAGCCUGGAAGAUUACAUCAGUUUCAUGGAAGAAGCAAAUCGACUUUCUUCAGUGAUUCUGGCACCACUGGAAGGAGAAAAUGUGGUUGGCUUGGCAUCAGGCUCUCGUUUCAGUGACGGUGGGGUUGAUGUGACAUCCCUCUUGAAGAUGUGCAAGAACUGGAAGAAACCCUCAGCCCUCGUCAAAGGGAAGUGUGUGCUGAUCUCUCGCUUCCGGUUUGAGGUUGAUAUUGGGUAUUCUGCAGAAGUUAUUGGAGUGUUCAAACAGAUGAAUUCUAGAAAUUACGAUGCGAAGACCAGAAAGUGGAAUUUCUUGCUGGAGGACUAUCCCAAACUGAUGAAAAUGUUCCAGAGCCUCGCGUCUGUACAAAUGGAGCCACUUCCCGAGGCAGUAGUACAGACCUUCGCUGCUCAAAUACAGAGCUCCACGUCACCGACGACAGACUUUCCUGAUGCUGACCUUUCAGUAGUGGACUCUAAAAUUGUGACAAGCCUCAUGCCCUUUCAGCGGGAAGGUGUGAAUUUUGCAAUUUUCAGAAAUGGCCGUGUACUUCUUGCGGAUGACAUGGGCUUGGGCAAGACUAUCCAGGCGAUCUGCAUCGCUGCCUAUUACCGAAAGGAAUGGCCCCUGCUGGUGGUGACUCCUUCUUCUGUGAGGUUUACGUGGGCAGAGGCGUUUCACAGGUGGCUUCCAUCCUUGAGUCCAGGUAGCACGAACGUCAUCGUGACUGGCAAAGACAACCUAACAGGAAGCUUGAUUAACAUUAUCAGCUUUGAUCUCCUUAGCAAGAUGGACAAACAACUCAAGAGCACUUUCCAAGUAGUUAUUAUUGAUGAAUCUCAUUACCUAAAGAACAUAAAAACUGCACGAUGUCGAGCUGCCAUGCCUCUACUCAAGGCGGCCAGGAGAGUGAUCUUACUUUCGGGAACCCCUGCCAUGUCCCGGCCUAUGGAGCUCUACAUGCAGAUCGCGGCUGUCCAGCCAGACUUCUUCCCGCAGUUCCACACCUUCGGGCUCCGCUACUGUGAUGCAAAGAAGAUGCCGUGGGGUUGGGACUACUCUGGAUCAUCCAAUUUAGCUGAACUGAAAAUUUUACUGGAAGAAUCCAUCAUGAUACGACGUCUUAAAUCAGAUGUGCUUUCCCAGCUUCCAGCAAAGCAACGCAAAAUGGUUGUGGUGUCUCCUGAAGGCAUUAAUGCAAAGACCAAAGCUGUCUUGGCAGUUGAAGCAAAGAAGAUGGCCAAAGGAUAUGGAAAUAAACAACAGGAGAAAGAAGCUCUUCUCCUCUUCUACAACAGAACAGCAGAAGCUAAAAUCCACUCAGUCGUAGAAUACAUCUUGGAGUUACUAGAAAGCGGAAAAGAUAAAUUCCUGGUGUUUGCUCAUCACAAGAUAAUGCUGGAUGCAAUAGUUGAAGAGCUGGAGAAGAAACGUGUUGAAUAUAUCCGCAUUGAUGGCUCCACGUCUUCAGCUGAGCGGCAGUCUCUGUGCCAGAAGUUCCAGUUGUCAGAGAAGCAGGUGGUGGCCGUUCUGUCCCUCACUGCCGCAAACAUGGGCCUGACUUUGUCUGCUGCGGACCUGGUGGUGUUUGCAGAGCUCUUCUGGAAUCCAGGGGUUUUGAUGCAAGCAGAAGAUCGGGCACAUCGAAUUGGACAGACCAGCUCUGUUAACAUCCACUACCUGGUGGCUAGAGGCACAGCAGAUGACUUCUUAUGGCCAAUGAUUCAAGAGAAAAUAAAAGUGCUGGGGGAAGCUGGUCUUUUGGAAACCAACUUUUCCAGUACAGCCGAAUCCACCAAUUACUAUCCUAAGCCAGAUCCAAAGCAGAAGACCAUCUAUGAACUUUUCCAGAGGACCUUCUCUGAUUGCAGAGAUGACGAUGAUGAACUUUUGCUUUUGGAAGCAGCUGAUGCUUGCUGUGAGUUUGACUCUGGCAGUGCCUUUCAAGACACAAAAGAAGAGGGGUGUUCAGUGAGUUCCCCCAAAAAGCGGCGUAUUGAGGAGUUUUUUGAAAGUGUAACAUAAAAAAAAAAAAGAGAAGGUGGCUAGCAGUUUUUUUAAUAUAAAAAAACAAAAGGAAUCAAGUAUUAUUUUUGAAUUUUCAGAAAUAAAAGACUGUUUUCUGUAUCUCUAGCGUGUUUCAUCUCAAAGGAUGAGAAGGCAGUCUGACAGCAUGACGGAUGAGUAGUGCGCACCUGGCAGCCUGCAGGUCUUGCAGUCCUGCCUCUGAUGACUGAGUGGCCAUGGGCAAGUAGCAUGCUGCUUUGUUUUAGUAAGUCAUCUUCCAUAGCUGUUUUAUUUAUAAAGCAGGUAACUGUUGGCUGUCCACAUUGCAGAGCUGUUCUGAGAACUAGUGCCCGAGCAACUGCGGAGCCUUCCAUCUCCAAGAAGCUUAGACUGUAUUUUUAGGAGUCACUUCACAGGCCCUCACAAACUGUCUCUGGCAUUCACUUGAGUAGUGAGGAGAAAAGAAACUGGGAUCUGGGAUCUAGACAGAUCUUAACAUUUUUUGGAGGUGGGGGAGAGGGAGAGACCCAGAUUUUGUGUCUCUGCAGAGCAGUUGAUAGCUUGGAACCAAGUAGUGUAACUGCCUGCUAGCGUGUGUUGCCUGUUAGGCACAAGUCUGCAUGAGCACUCUGAUCUCUGGCCUCGUCCUCUGCAUCUAAUGACCUACUCCAUGGCGCAUGCUCAUUUCAGUGGAGGGUGAAGCCUGCACUCGCUGUCAGGGAUUAAGACUGGUUGCUCAGGGGAACGUGUGUGUGUGUUUUCUUUAAGUCUUGAGACUCAUUUCCACAGAUGAGUGAGGAGAGGAGGAUGUGCAGACUUUUGUUCUGUUUUUGUAGGAAGCUGAUUCUGGGUUGAAUUGUUUAAAUAAAAAGUUGUUUUAACUCA